GCGUUGUGCGUGUGAGGGAAGGUGGUUACACAACAGCGUGUGCGCUGAGCCCGGCGGGGUCAAAGUGUGUGUGCGUGACGGUGGGUGUUUGUGUAGCGGUCGGCCGCUCUCCGACCACACUAGAGGCGUCAUGGCGUCAAGCGGCGAGCGAUCUGCCCGGAGCCGUCUCCUCGAACUCACCCUGCUGCUGUCCUGGCUCAGCUGCUGCCCCGCGCUGCCUCACGGGGGAGUGUUCGCUAGCAGGAGGGCUGCCAGUGCGGUGCUCCUUCGUUCGCGUCGGGCGAACUCCUUCCUAGAGGAGGUGAAGACGGGCGACCUGGAGAGGGAGUGUCUGGAGGAGCGCUGCUCCUAUGAGGAGGCGCGGGAGAUCUACCAGCUCCCUGAGCCCCUGGCCUUCUGGGAGGUGUAUGCAGAGGUGGACCAGUGUUUGUCUGAGCCGUGUGCCAAAGGCUCCACCUGCCUCUCCCAGAACAGAACCUUCACCUGUCUCUGUCGCCCCGGUUACCAGGGCCGCACCUGCCACAAGGAGGAGCGGACCUUUAACGGCUGCCUCUACUCCAACGGAGGCUGUGAGCACUUCUGCCUGGAGGCCGCGGACCUCUCCCACACCUGCCUCUGUUCCCAUGGUUACCAGCUGGCCCCCGACAACAGCAGCUGCCUUCCACAAGUGGCGUUCCCGUGCGGCCGGACGGUCAACCUGCUGCAGCCGCGCAUCGUCAACGGACACGUCUGUCCUAGAGGACAGUGUCCCUGGCAGGCCCUGCUCUCUGAGGACCGGGACUUCCUGUGCGGGGCCGUGGUGUUGUCGGAGCGCUGGGUCGUCACGGCAGCACACUGCGUCUGGGGGCGGAGCCGCAGCAAACUGCAGGUCACAGCAGGUAAGCAGGACCUGGAGGUGACGGAGGCGUCCCAGCAGGUGCGGCGCGUGGCCCGGCUGCUGCUCCACCCGCGCUACAACCACUCCUCCAAGGACUCGGACCUGGCCCUGCUGCGGCUGGCCCGGCCCCUGGCCCCGGGGCCCCUGGUGGUGCCCGUCUGCCUGCCGCCCUCCGGGGCCCCCUCCUUCGGCCGCACCCUGGCGGCGGUGCGCAUGUCCACCGUCAGCGGGUGGGGCCGCAUGGGGUCCCGCGGGGCCUCCGCCCGCGUCCUGCAGCGGGUGGAGGUGCCGCGCGUCCCGCUGGGGGAGUGCGGGGCCCGGGCGGGGGGGCAGCUGGCCCUCACGCCCACCAUGCUGUGCGCGGGCUACGCGGCGGGGGGCCGGGACGCCUGCAAGGGGGACAGCGGGGGGCCGCUGGUCACCCGCUACCGGGACACCUGGUUCCUGACGGGCGUGGUCAGCUGGGGCCUGGGCUGCGCCCAGCGGGACCUCUACGGGGUCUACACCCGGGUCAGCGCGCUGACGGAGUGGCUGGAGCGCAGCAUGGGGGGGGGGGUAGGGGGGCCUCAUGGCUGUACACCAGAGGGUGGAGCUAUCAUGUAUUCUAUUAGGGUGGGGGUAUCAUGUAUUCUAUUAGGGUGGAGGUAUCAUGUAUUCUAUUAGGGUGGAGGUGUCAUG